GAAUAUACAUAAACCUAAAUUCACGGCAUCAGAUGCAGUUUGGCCGAUCAAUUAAUGAUUCGAUCCAAACGCGAUCCAGAUCAGAUUCAGAUCAGGUAGAUCAAGGUUGCCCCGACCCGAUCCAAACUUCCGUAUCAACAACGACUCAGUACACUACCGCGUCUAGGUCAAGUUAAAAUUUUUUUGUACCUGUCGUCUACAAGAGUCACAGUGUUCCUCUUUGCUUCUACAAACCUAAUAAGACAUGGCCGGCGCAUCGCUACGUGUCUGCCAGUAUCUAUUUCGAACCGGGGCUCGCCUUCGCCUUUGCGGCAUAUACUCUGGUCGUUUACCUCUCGGAUACGCGGUCUCCUCGAUUUUCCUCCCAUUAACCCAUCUUAGAUAUAAAUCUAAUUCGGCAAUUACGUCAGCUCCAAUUCAGAACUCAAAGGAGGUGACGAAUGCGAGGGUCACCGUAGGCGACGGAGGUGUUUCGAAUGUUCCGCACCUCCGCUCCUCUUCAAACGAUGCCGAGGUAGCUAAAUUUGCAGCCAUUGCUGAGACCUGGUGGGACUUUGAUGGGCCAUUCAAACCAUUACACUUGAUGAAUCCUACUCGAGUGUCUUUUAUUCGGUCUGCUCUCUGUCGACAUUUCAGAAAAGAUCCAUUUAGUAUUAGGCCUUUUGAAGGAUUAAAAAUAAUAGAUGUUGGAUGUGGAGGCGGCAUUCUAUCUGAGUCCCUUGCUAGGAUGGGUGCUUGUGUAACCGGCAUAGAUGUUGUGGACAAAAAUAUCAAUAUCGCUCAAAUCCAUGCGGGAUUGGAUCCUCUUACUUCAUCAAUUGAAUAUAUUUGCGCAACGGCUGAGCAAUUGGUCACGGCCAACAGGCAAUUUGAUGCUGUUCUUGCUCUUGAGGUCAUUGAGCAUGUUGCUGAUCCCUCUGAUUUUUGUGAGUCACUUUCAGCGUUAGUAGUUCCUGGAGGAGCCACUGUGAUCUCAACAGUCAACCGCUCUAUGAGAGCAUAUGCAACUGCAAUUGUUGCAGCAGAAUAUCUUCUUAAUUGGAUCCCAAAAGGAACUCAUCAAUGGUCCAAAUUUCUUACUCCCGAGGAACUUGUGUUGAUCCUCCAAAGAGCCUCAAUCUCGAGAUGAGAAAGUCAUGAUGGGAUUUCUCCAGAAUGGGUCGUGAUGGAAUCUUGUUGGGAAUGGCAGUUUAUGGCAAUGAUGUGUGUGCUUGCAUGAAAGACAAAAAGUUCAGACGUUAGUGAAGGGCGAUGCAUUCUCUGCAAAUGAUGAUUAGAUUGACAACAUGUAAAAGAUAUUUGAUGAUGACAUUAUAACAGAGAGGGUAAAGAGUGUUAUUUUUCAUGUUGUUUAAAAUUUUUAGCUUUAUAUUUUGUAAAGCUUAAGUUUAGAUAUAUAAGUGGAAUAACUUUGAGUGCUCUCUAUGUAAAUCGUGGUGUAUGUUUUUUGUUGA